AAUACAUAUGUAUGAAUUUAUUAAUAGUCAGCUGUCAGGGGAAUAGAAAACACAACGUAACAAAAAUUGUUUGUGAAUGGAAUUCAACAAUAAAUCCAAGCUUUGCAUUAUUUAUGACACAACGAUAAUCUCUCUCUUUGUUUGGAAGCUUUUGUUUGUUUUUUUCUGCAAGUAGUGAUUCACUCAAAUACGGAUAAAUAUGAUUACUGCGAUGUUUGCUCGCGUAACCUUUUAUCCAUCAUUGUUUUACAAUGUGUUGAUGGAAAAGGCAUCCUUCCGAAAUUGGUACGAUCGCAUUGAUGAAAAUGUAAUUUUGGGUGCCUUACCCUUCCGUUCCGAGGCGAAAGAAUUGAUCGCCAAAGAAAAUGUGAAGGCAGUUGUGUCCAUGAAUGAAGACUACGAGCUGUCUAUGUUCUCUAACGACUCGGAGCAGUGGAAAUCGCAUGGAAUUAGUUUUCUGCAACUACCUACAACAGAUAUUUUUGAAGCACCGAACCAAGAAAAACUUUAUGAUGGCGUAAAAUUUAUAAAUAACUUUCUACCUCAAGAGCAGCGCAUAAAGCGUUUGAGUUCAAUUUCCGAGCCUGAAAAUAGUGGCACUGUAUAUGUUCACUGUAAGGCGGGGCGCACGCGUAGCGCUACGCUUGUGGGAUGCUACUUAAUGAUGAAAAACGGCUGGUCACCUGAGCAAGCAGUGGACUUUAUGCGCGCACGCCGCCCCCAUAUUUUACUGCAUUCAAAGCAAUGGGAAGCUCUAAGAAUAUUUCACAAAACUAAUGUCGAGAAUACGUGACCCUCCUAUGACUCGGAAAGCACAAGAGUUGUACAUUCUGUAAUAUAUAUUGUUAUUCAAAUGUUUUAACUUUACGUAAUAAAGUGGACGAUGUCAGUUGUGACAUUUAUGCUAAUUUGUACAAAAAGCUGCUUUAAA